AAGGGUGGUACUUUGAGAAGGCAAAGCCACUCUCAAACUUGAGGCCUUGUCAGGCUUCACUCUCAGAUGGUUCAGCCCCCCAAUUGCCUUAAAAUCAAACCCCCUCCCCCUCCCUUUAUAGGACCCACAAACACACAUCCUCUGACUCUCUCCCAUUCUCCUCCCAACUCUUCCUCCUCUCUCUUCCUCUUUGUGCCGCCAUGACUUCUUCCAUGGACAAGGCUGAGAGGGAGACCCAUGACUUCAUGAACGUCGAGUCUUUCUCUCAGCUACCCUUCAUCCGCCCCGCACCGGUUAAAGAAAAGGGCAUUAGGCUUUUCGGCAUAGAAUUCGGAGGUGACAACCACGGCGCGGCUGCGGCUGUGGCGGCGGCGGAUGAGUCGGAGUCUGCGGAUACCAACGCGUGCGAGGAUAUUGCAAAGGAAAGCAACGAGAACGGGGAGAGUAACAGGAGAUUUGAGUGCCAUUACUGCUGUCGAAACUUCCCCACCUCUCAAGCCUUAGGCGGUCAUCAAAACGCACACAAAAGGGAACGCCAGCAUGCAAAACGGGCGCACCUGCAGUCGGCCAUGGUGCAUAGUAGCCUCUCUGAUGCACACGUGUACGGGCUUAUGAAUUACCGGCUCGGCUCGGCUCCGCUGCCGGCUAUGAGUUAUCCAUCGUGGAACACUAGUAGUGCUUCUAACGGCGCCAUUGCUGGUCAUGGUAGGUAUUAUGGAAGCCAGAGCUCGUUUUCUCAGCCUGCGCCUAUAAACGGGAGUCCUUUGGCCUUGUGGCGAAUCCCUGCCGUCCAAAGUAACAACGCUAGUACUUUUGAUAGGGACCGUUCGGUGCACCCGUUGCCGUUGUUUUCCGGCGAUGAGUUGAAGCCUGGCUCGCUGCAGGUUGGUGGGUCCACUCCUCAAAGCAGGUAUGUUUACGAACAGAAGACGAGCGUGCAAGAUCAUGUGAGUUUGGAUCUUCAUCUGUAGUUGUAAUUCGACAACAUCGUAAUCAAAGAAGAAUUUGAGAUUUGAGAUUA